AGUGUUAUGUUAGAUAGCAGUGAAGUUUUCAGUUGGAUGCUUCAAGGCAAAUUGUUACUGUGCUGAAAAGGCAGGGCUCAUUACCAGCCUUGUGGAGUGGAUGAGGAGGUAACUGGAGACAAAUUACGGUUUUGUAACAUACUGCAGAGAGCAUCAGAACAAUGUCUUACGUUUUUGUAAACGACUCUUCACAGACAAAUGUGCCACUGCUGCAGGCUUGCAUUGAUGGAGAUUUUAACUAUUCCAAAAGACUGUUAGAGAGUGGUUUUGACCCAAAUAUUCGUGACAGUCGCGGUCGAACUGGCCUUCAUCUUGCAGCAGCUAGAGGAAAUGUAGACAUCUGUCAGCUCUUGCAUAAAUUUGGUGCUGACUUGCUAGCCACUGAUUACCAAGGUAACACAGCCCUUCACCUAUGUGGGCAUGUGGAUACCAUCCAGUUCCUUGUUUCUAAUGGACUUAAAAUUGACAUUUGCAAUCACCAAGGUGCAACACCGCUUGUUCUUGCAAAACGAAGAGGUGUAAAUAAAGAUGUGAUUAGACUGCUGGAAUCUUUGGAGGAGCAGGAGGUGAAAGGAUUUAACAGAGGAGCUCACUCUAAGCUGGAAACAAUGCAGACUGCUGAAAGUGAAAGUGCAAUGGAAAGCCAUUCCCUUCUUAAUCCAAACCUACAGCAAGGUGAAGGAGUUCUUUCCAGUUUCCGCACAACAUGGCAAGAGUUUGUGGAAGACCUGGGCUUCUGGCGGGUGCUGCUCCUGAUUAUUGUCAUUGCUCUUCUGUCUCUUGGAAUAGCUUACUAUGUUAGUGGGGUGCUUCCGUUUGUAGAAAAUCAGCCUGAACUGGUGCACUGAAGUGAAUGUGAAGAGCACUGUGCUUUUCUGUGUUGUAAUCUUAUUUUGAGCUUCUUGGAAUUACCUUCUUGGUGCAGGCAGUGGCAGCUGUAUAUAUACUUGCCUUUUGUAUUUAAUAUUAACCCUAUUUAAAGAGAGAUUAAUUCAUUUAAACUAAAACACUAAAUUCUAACGGAUUCCUGAGCUACCUCUGACUUAUCUUGACUUGUAACAAGAUGUGUAGAUACAUGUCCCUAUUGCUAAAUUAUUAUAAUUAGAAAAGGCCUUGCGUAAUAUUAAAUUCUUGAACAUGAAAAAUGUACAAGACCAAAUUAUUUUAUUUUUCCAUAUGAAAAGUAAAUCUAUUACAGCAUUUUUUUUUUCUGUUUCAGUUGAAAGGAAAAUAUUAUUUUAAAAGUUCUUCUUAAGUUACAAGAAUAAUACUAUACUCUGAUAAACAUACAAUGAUAACUUGUAACUGCGUGGUUCUCUUAGUUCCUUUCCAUAGUUUCACAUCUCUUAGUGUAUAAAAAAUUGAGAAAUAUUUCAAACCUUACUACAUCUUUAAUGUAUAGAUCAAUCCUUUAUUUAUUAGAUUAACAUAGUGUCUCUUAUCCAAAUGAUUUUGAUGUUUGUGUAAUAUCUGCCUGAAGCAAAUUUUGUAAAAUAAAGGUGUUUGUAGUGCUUUGGAAGCAAAGUUGUUUCAGCCUUAGGUUUUAAAAUACACCUUUUUGUUGUAAUUUUACUAAGCAAACUUUUCUUUGUAAGGGUAGAUAAAAAGUGAUUUAGAUGUUCUGCUCUGUAUCUAACAAUUCUGUAAUGCCUUGUCUUUGUGAAAUAUUAUGUCAUGAAGGGUGAGAGUUUUUUUUUCCUCCACAAGGACCAAACUGAACCAUGUAUUUGUAUCAUUUUCAUAUUUGUGGAGAGAGCUCCAUUAGACAGAAUUUCUUUAUAGAAUUAUUUUCCAUUUUGGUUGUUUUCACAUGACACUUAUAGGCUUGUGAACUAUUUUCUGAGUACACAGAAUACAAGUAUUUAAAAUGUUUAAGAAUAUUGUAUGAUAUAGUAUCCUGUCCCAUUCUGUACUUCAGUUGUGAAAUCUUUUGUUUAUUUGUUAAUAAUCUAAGGAUAUGAAUCUGUCAAAUACUUUUUUAAUGACAUCUGUGAAGAUAUUACAUAAUAAGUUGUAGGUUUUCAGUUAAGAUUCCUUCCUUCCAUGGUGGUUAGAUAUCUGACUCCCUUGGUUAUCCUAUCAGACUUCCUUGGUUGUCCUUGAAAAUCCCAAACAAAAUGAAUUCUACAAACCUAAUAAAUCAGUUUUUUAAUUAAUGGCUCUUAAACUGUUGCUAUAUGAAAUCAAACAUUUAUAAAAUUAUAAAUUACAGUAAGUAGUGAUAGCAGUAAUUGCCCCUCUCUAGUCUGCUACCGUGUGUAUAUUUUGAGGGGUUGAGUGGAGUCAGUUGUUGCCUUUGUUUCCAGUGUGUGACAUAGGCUGCAUUCUAAACUGCAUCUGAAUAAUUCUUGACAUUAUUUCUUUAGUUAGAGGCUAACAAAACAAUAGUUUACUAGCAGCUGCAAUGCCACAAAAAGCAAAGACUCUUUUAGGAAAAAAAAAAAAAGUCUACUUCUCUUCUGGAUAUUUCUGUUAUUAUACAGGUGUUUAUGAAUAGAGAAAUAUAAGCUCAUGGUGUACCUAAACUACAUUUACUUUUGCAGGUAAGUACAUUUCUGUUAAUAAUACUCUGUAUCUUAAAUAAUCAAGUUUUCCUUCAAUAUGUGUUCUCUGCAUAAUUUGUAAUUGUAUUCUCAGUAUGAAUGAAUGCCAAAAAUAAAUUAAUAUAUCAAAUA